AUGCACACAGCUGAGCCAGCGUCCCGGCACUGCUCGGAGUGCGGGGCAGCGCUAUCUCGUGGAAAACUGGCAGGCCUUCACGCUGCAGUUCUUUUUCCUGAAGGCUGGCGCGCGGUCAAACAUGUGACAAAGAGAUGUCGGAGACAGGGGUGCAAGUUUUGCGGCAAGACUAUCUUCUACAAUUUCAUCGCGAUCUCCAAGAGUGAGCGGCGUUUUCACUGGACAGCUGGCUCGCUGCAGUUUUUCUUCUUGGAUGCCAGGCAUGGAGUGUCUGUGUCCUGGCUUCAGCAGAUGACCCGCCGCUUGUUCUACCAAUAUGUGGCGUUCUCUGGCGAGGCGCAAGUGCAUGGAGCAGAGGCAAGGGCUGCAGGCUUUGAGGGCCGUGUUCCAAGGCACCCAGGGCUCUUUCUGUUCAAAAGUUGGCUUUCUUGGAGAUUUGUUCUGCGGCUGCACCAGCGCGAGGAGGAGACUCAAGAAGGGCGCUGUGUCAAUUUGAGCCUGCCGUUUGCAAAGACUUUGUCAACGGCUCCGUGGUAUGACGAACAUAUGCUUCAGCGGCGACUGGCCAUGGCAAAAGAGCGCGGGCACGACCUUAGAGCUCUCGUGGUUGAUGGCAACUUAAAACUCAGUGGUCGUGUAUGCGGCAGGCCAGUGGCGGAAUUGCGACGCUGCGAGCCCUUACAAGCUUACACGGCGGUUCCCUGCUCGUGCCCUCCCGCUCGCAAAGCGCGCCGCUGUGACCUUCAUAUGUCGAAAGCUCAGGAGGGCCCGCUGGAUGAUCAGGCUGUCGUUGCGCAUCGUCGCUACCGAGUUCUCAUGGCUCAGCCGUGUCAGUUUCCGUACGAGGUGCUCUUGAAGUCGGUUGACGCGGUCCUAUGCGGCGUUGCGUCGCAGGAGCGUGGAAAAUGGGUUUCGGCUGGGAAAUGCACGCCGCGGCAAUUGGAAGAGUAUUGGUCGCAGCAAGAGGAGCAGGGCUUCAUCUCUCAGCGCACUCCUGGGCAAGAAGAAGUGUCAUGCCGCACAAGCAAAGAGACAUCCAAGCAGUACCGGCAGCUUGUUCGUCAGAAUCGCCUAGGCGGAGUUCUUUUGGCUUGCACUUCCGAGGGCUUCAUUGUCCACUUGCAGCAGUUUGUAGGGGCUGAGACCAUCCCAGUGAGAUACUUUUUUCUUGCGGAAAUCUGUGCAAGGUUGCAGGAUGUGCGUUGCUGCAUCCACGAUGAUGCUUGCCAUGUGGCGCGCUACGCGCUGAAGCACAAGGGCCGCAACGCCCUUGCCAAACGCCUGUCAGAGCUGGCGUGGGUGUUGGACCGGUUCCAUAGUGCCGCCCAUCGGGAUCCAUGGUGCGCCCGUCACUGCCAUCCAUCAGUGCAUCAAGAGCUGCUUAGGGGUCUCAACACAUCUGCAGCGGAGUCCUGCAAUUCCAUUCUCGGCCGCUACCGGGUUGCUUUCAGAUCCAUUGUAGCCUCGAGCACCCGCAGCUUCUAUUUACAGGAGGACUUCUCGGCCCAGAGGAACGCAGCCUAUGACUAUGUUGAUAGAGUGUUCAAGAUCGAGGAGAUCUAUGGCGAACGCGGGUCUCAAAUUGUCCAACGUCUUGCUGCACGAGCAUCUACGCCGGCGAUGCCUCUGGGGCUGUCUUUGCAGAUAGCCCUUUGCAGCUCUUCUUCGCCUCUCAGCCUCAUUGCUCUCAAUUGCAAUGUGACCCAGACACGCAAGUCGCAGCUUACCCAAGUGCUUGAUGACAUUUCGGCCGUCAUUGAUGAGGCGUGCCAGAGAAGGGCCGCGCAGCAUGGUCCAGAGGAGCCAGGGAAACUUACCAGUGUCAUGUUGGCUAUGUUCACGGAGCAGGCAUUCCUCCAACGCUGCAGCCCUCAGUGGCCGCAGGUGCAGUGGUCUGACGGUAGUACUGGCAGGGUGCACAUGUCCAACCUCCUCAAUCUGGACGAAGCGUAUCGCUUCCUGCGGAUGGUCGGAUUGAUUGGGAGCGGCGCCAGCGCUAAGUCCGGCGAGGCUGCGGAGCUGGCGUCCGAACUGAAUCGCAUUCUCCAGACGGGGCGAAGUUCUUACGCAUGCAAGAACGCGGGGUCUUUCGGCACCACGAGGAACAAGGCCCCAGUUGGUGUGCUCGGCUUUGGCAAUGUUCAUCCCUCCAAGUACGUGCCUUGCUUGACCGGCGCCAGCGGCUCGCACGACGUUGCUUGUCGUGAGCGCCUGCUGCAAACGUGCGGAAGACCAGUUGACCCGCAUGCCCCGCUCCCCGCCAGCCUGGACGUCCCAGCUGACUUUGAUCCGUGGACACUUAGACUAUGGUCCUUCUUUAUUUGA